UGACGCCGGGAAUUGUUCCUCGUUUCUGUAUAGCAGCUUUUUUUUUUUAAUAACGAACCUUCUUGUAGAAGCUAUAGGGGAGUGUUGAUGUCCUACCCGGCGGUGUCCUCAUGGCAGCAUGUGCGCUUCGCCCUGUGCAGCGCGGCCCUGGUGCUUGCCUGGCUACCGGAUUCCACAGAAGGGCGGAACUGCAGCCACCCGCUGGUGCCGGAACACGGGGGCUUCCGCUGCCAGCCCUCCCCCUGCCGCGGGUUCCCCCACAACCGGAUCAUCCUCUACUUCUGCGAGCCCGGCUACUCCCUCCCGCAGGACAGCCCGGGCAGCGCCAGGUGUCGCCACGGCCGGUGGACCUCCGCGGUGCCCGGCUGCGUCUCCGUCCCGGGUGAGGAGAGCGCGUGGGAGGCCCCCCCAGCUGCGCCGUUUGAAAUCUCGGGGCUGGAGCCCUGAACCGGAAGACCAGAAUACCAACACCAACACUCUUCCCGGCGUUGCCAUGACGGCCGUGAGCGUGUCCAUCUUCCUGGUGACCACCACAGCCUGCGUGGUGAUCAAGUCACGCCUCCAGCCGUGUCACUCGGACAGGCGGUCUUCUGACCAGCUGGACCUGAUGAUUGACGGCGGGCCCGUUCCCCUUCCCUCCUACGAGGAGGCUGUGUAUGGGAGCCGGGGAGAGCGGAUCCCGCCCUCUCAGGGUCCUACUCAGCUCCUAUUGGCUCGGGAGCCCCCCGGACUCCACCCUUCACACGCUGGCCCGGGCAGUCAACCAGAGACGACCUGCCUCUGCCCAUUGGCCAAUCAGACCACAACCCUUGCCCCGCCCCCUUACGAAGAGGUCCAAUCAGAGAGCAGAGGAGGUGUCGGAAGGGAGCUCAGGCAGGAGCUGACAAUUGCAGUUGCUUCUCACAAAGAAAACUCGGCUGACACCUGCUGCCCGCGGGGGACUGAUAAUUACAGCAUGGUCUGAGAACCGAAAAGGCAUACCUCCACAUGUGUAGCGACAUAACUAGCCUGGGCCGGUGCUCUGAAUGUAGGUGCAGGCUCACCAGCGCUCAGGCGCCAAAAAGUGAAUGUAAUUUGUGUUCUGCAUCUGGCAAAGCCCAGGAGCCUGAGCUCUGCAGCGGUGUGUGAUCGCCUCACAUCGAUUGGUGUAUUACCCCUGUGUUCUGUUUCCGCUCUCAGCCCAGUGGGAACCCAGCCAGCGGGAACUGGGCUGGUACUGUCUCCUGUCCGUGACAGGGCGCGUGUGUUUGUAAAUUACAAGACGACUUGAAGGAGCUUGGCCGCAGCUCCCACGUUUUAAUUUGAUUUCGUCAAGAAAUGAUUUUUGCACCUAAUUCCCAGUUUGCACUUUGUUUUGUUUUUUUUUGGGGGGGGG